UGAAAUUCAGCGCCAUGUUUUUGGUAUCGCCUAAAACCGUAGCGUUGUACAUCUCCCUACUCAUCUCUGAUGUGAGUUUCUGAAAGAUUCUUGAUGACAUGAAUUUUAUCAACGACGUUUGGUAAACAUUUUAAGAAUGUGAAAUAAGUGUAUAACAGUGCGUCAAUACGAUCAGACUUAAUACAAGAUAAAGAAAAGACUGCACUGAAUUAACUUGUAAAAUGUUGUCUGAGGUCGAUGUAUUUAUUAGUAAUUAUACGUUGGUUGAUCCAGAAGUUUAUCAACUUUGGGUGGAUGGAUAUUCAUCCAGUGAUGCUGUUAGCAUUUUGCAACAAAGAGGCAUUUGCCAACAAGCCAAUGCUUCUAUUGAACUUAUUGCAUCUGACGUUCUGGAUCAUUAUCGUACCUAUUGCCUCUUGGAAAGGUUACUACAUACACCUACAAAACUUGCUAGUGAGCAGCUAGCCUUUCAAAUUGAACCACAAACUAGUCAUAUGCUGAUUGAAAUGUAUUAUGAAUGUGAUGAUGCAGUCGUACGUGAGUUACUGGGCAAGAAAUUAACAUCCAAAAGUAGAAAGGACAUGGAUGAAGUGUCUGAGAAAACUGGUGUUACGCUUAAAAGUUGUCGAAGGCAAUAUGACAAUGUUAAACGUGUCUUUAAGGUCGUUGAAGAUUUACCAGGCUCCUUAGUUGCUAAUAUAAAGCAACACUUUCUACUUCCCGAAGACCUAGCCAAGAGAUACGCAGCUGUAGUAUUCAUAGCAUGUCUCCGAUUUGAAAUGAAUAAAAGAAAACUGCAGUUCCUAACAUUUCCAGAUCUUUAUCACUGUGCUUACAGUAUGAUGUCAUUAUGGACAUAUCGUUACACAGGCUCAGAAUAUUUUGACACAGACCUAGAUAGAGAGUUUCUCAUGGAACUGUCCGACUGUAGAAUAUUACUGGAAAACGACAAGCACCACAAGCAUUUGGUGUGCAUUAAAUUAAAGCCAACGCUUCUUGAAAAAUCAUAUCAAGAACUGGACAGUAAUUUCCGUUCCUACUCUAGAUCAAUGUUAGGUAUCGCAUGCAAUCUGCAUCGUUCACGAGAGUUAAGGUUCUUCUUCUUGGAAUUAGUCGAGCGUUGUAUCGAACCCUGGAGACAGGUCAACUGGUCCCAUACCGAUCUUCGUAAUUUCCUUGGAGCCUACACUCAAUGCGCACUGGACAUGGAUGUGCUAAGUUUCAAAAUUAAAUAUUCCAGAGGAGAUGUGAGAGAUGCGUUUGAUCGCUACAUGAAAGUAGUAACAAGCUGCUUAUUACGUAUGUACCAUACGUGACUAACAGUAUCCGAGGAGAAUCCAGUAUCUGUGAAGAAUUAAUGAGUGAUAGGCUGUAAAAGAAGUACGGUAAAUCGUAUAUUACAAUUUAUUCAUUUCAUAUAAUAAAUAAUUAAUAGACGAAUGCA